AUGUCAGGAAGGCUCUGUUGCAUGGUGCUGAGACUUAACAUAGACUGCUAUGGCUGUUUCAGGAAACUAAGAAGAACCCUUCUUAAUAUGAAAGAAAUAGAGACGCACUUGAUAGAGAAGCAGCAAUGCAAGGUAAGCGUAUGUGGGAGGUUAAGACCCUCAGAUGUGGCGAUAAAGAUAAGAAAGAAGAUGAAUCGAAGAGUGGAGAUACUGGAAAUUAAUGAGGUUGAGGAUGAACAAACAGAGCAAAAUCAAAUCACUAGCCAAUGAUUGGUGUUUAAGUUUAUGUUUCAGCUUAUGGAACCAGCCCUUAAUCCAUUAUCAUACUAGCUUCGAAAAGCUUUGAGUUGACUGGAACAAAGAGAAAUUGUAUACAUUGUCAUGAAAUUCUGGGUAAUUGUCGUCAGGAAGAACAAUGGAGAAUUUCAGACUUGCAAGCAGAAAUGAAAGAUGAAAUGUAAAUGAUUAUGGACAUAGAAAUUUAUAGCAUGUCUCAAAUUCCAUAAUUUUAUUGGUUUGACAAACCAAAUCAACUUUUCCCCUAAUUUAGGAAGCAAGAAGAUUCAGUGAA